AUGCCGACCUCACCACGAUCUAAUGACGUUCUUUAUCGUCAUCGAGAUGCUGUCAAGGUUGGAGAGCUAUUUAGAUAUGAGAUCACUUACACCCCAUCCCCUUCGACAACAAAUAUACCAGAUGGUAACUAUUCCUUGUGGUUAAAAGUGAGGAAUUUAGAAUCAGUGGCAUUAAGAGCUGCGUACUUGGCAGGUCCAUAUAUACUGUACGUAGAUGUGAGACCAGAUGAUUACGACCAAAAUGUUAAAGCAUAUUCUUCAGCAGACCAACCAUCAUUUGAACCCCAGCUGAAAGCUGCUCAAUCGUUCUACGCCCAGCUUUUUAUGAACAAAGCUGGUACUUCGCAUAAAUGGGUCGUUGAUGUCGUAUCUCAGGUCAUAUUUUCACCCAGUGCUAAAAUUCAAUAUGAAGUAGUGAUUGGAAGAACGAAAGAAGGAGUCCACAACCAUUCCGAUACUUCCGACUCUUUGGGCCUGCCAAUAACUGAUGCCCAGGGAUCUCUAGAAGUCAGACGUUUAGACACCCUAGAUCUAUGGCAUUCCCCUGUUCCUGACAUAGCGAGACCAUUGCACUUAGUGAUUGUGACCCAUGGCCUUCACUCAAAUACUGGAGCGGAUAUGCUCUAUGUUAAGGAGAAGAUUGACGAAAUGGCGGCCAAGACUGGCCAAAACAUGGUUGUACGAGGAUACUUCGGUAAUGCUUGUAAAACAGAAAAAGGAAUCAAGUAUCUUGGAAUAAGAAUGGCUGAACAUAUAGUCAAAUCACUGUUGCCUUCUAUCAGACAUUCUGGAGUGAACAAAAUCAAAAUCUCAUUCAUAGGACAUUCUUUGGGGGGGCUUGUCCAAGCAUAUGCGGUGGCUUAUAUUCAAAAGCAUUAUAUCGAUUUUUUUAAGGAGUAUGAACCAGAGAAUUUCAUUUGCUUGGCAACUCCAUUAUUAGGAUUAUCAAAUGAAAACCCUAAAUAUGUUAAAUUUGUAUUGGAUGUUGGUUUUGCUGGAAAAUCGGGUCGUGAUUUGGGAUUAACAUGGAAACUGAGUCAUCUUAAAAAGAACCAUUAUCCAAUUCUUCAAAUUUUACCUACGGGCGUUGGCCAUGAUGCUCUUAUAUUGUUUAAGCAUCAUACAACAUAUGCGAAUGCAGUAAACGACGGUAUCGUUCCGCUACGGACAUCGUCGAUAUUAUACCUAGACUGGAAAGGAAUUUCCAAGGCAAGCAUGGCAAAGAGAGGCGAAUCUUUUAAUAAUAACACGAAGCUGACAGGUGACAGUUUUACAGAGGAGGUGCCCGAGGAUCCCAAAAGUAGCGGCGGGCCCCAAUCGGAGGAGGGCUCAUCAAAUCAAGACACAUCAAAUUCAGGGCCAAUAGACUUUUUAAAUCAAGUUAGUUCACCUUUAAUGUCUUUUUUUCAUUCAUGGCGCCUCAAAUUGGGUCUAAGAAACGAACCAAAAUAUAUAAAAGAACGCAAACUCUGGUGGAUACUUCGGAUGCUGAUAGUGAUGAUGAUCAACUGA